AUGGAGAAGGCAAGUGGAAGAGUGUCCAGUUCUCUAUCCACAGUGGACGCUGGCGUAGACAACCUGGGGCUGGAGCUCACGGAAGAAGGAGUAGAGCCCGAGGGAACCAGGACUGAAGUGCAAGAACACAGCCCCGCAGAUGGGCUGGGGCCUCCCAGUCACCAGAGGGGGAAUCUACAGUCUUUCACCAAGACAAGACGUUUCUGCAAAACACAUGCUGGCUUGUUUAAGAAGAUCCUGUUGGGCCUGUUGUGUUUGGCUUAUGCCGCCUACUUCCUGGCAGCUUGCAUCCUGGAUUUCCAGAGAGCACUGGCCUUGUUUGUCAUCACUUGUUUGGUGACCUUUGUCCUGGUUCUCCACCUUCUGAAAAAGUUUUUUGGUAAAAAAUUAACAGGAUAUCUGAAACCCUUUAAACACUCCCGCCUGAUGCUUUGGAUGAAAUGGGUGUUCGCAGGAGUGUGCUUGACUGGUCUUAUCCUGUGGCUGGCUCUAGACACAGCCCAAAGGCCAGAGCAACUGAUCUCCUUCGCAGGAAUCUGCAUGUUCAUCCUCGUCCUUUUUGUCUGCUCCAAACACCACAGUGCAGUGUCCUGGAGGGCAGUAUUUUGGGGCCUGGGUCUUCAGUUCAUCUUUGGGAUGUUGGUCAUCAGAACUGAUCCUGGAUUUAAUGCAUUUCAGUGGUUGGGAGAUCAGAUCCAGAUUUUCCUGGACUACACUGUGGCUGGUUCCAGUUUUGUCUUUGGGGAUACGCUGGUCGAGGAUGUCUUUGCUUUUCAGGUCUUACCAAUCAUCCUUUUCUUUGGAUGUGUGAUGUCCAUUCUCUACUACCUGGGCCUUGUGCAGUGGGUAGUUCAGAAGGUUGCCUCGUUUUUGCAAAUCACCAUGGGCACCACUGCCACAGAGACCCUGGCGGUGGCUGGGAACAUCUUUGUGGGUAUGACAGAGGCACCUCUACUCAUCCGUCCCUACCUUGCAGACAUGACACUCUCUGAAAUCCAUGCAGUGAUGACUGGAGGGUUUGCCACCAUCUCAGGCAGUGUGUUGGGAGCCUACAUAUCCUUUGGGAUUGAUGCGUCAUCCUUGAUUUCUGCGUCUGUGAUGGCUGCCCCUUGUGCUCUGGCCUUGUCAAAGCUGGUAUAUCCGGAAGUGGAAGAAUCCAAGUUCAAGAGUGAGGAAGGGGUAAAACUACCUCGGGGGAAGGAGAAGAAUGUCCUGGAGGCUGCCAGCAAUGGAGCCACAGAUGCUGUAGGCCUUGCUGCUAAUGUAGCAGCCAACCUGGUUGCCUUUAUGGCUGUGUUGGCCUUCAUCGAUGCCACCCUCUCCUGGCUGGGGGAAUUGGUGGAUGUGCAGGGGCUCACUUUCCAGGUCAUCUGCUCCUACAUCCUGAGGCCUAUGGUUUUCAUGAUGGGUGUAGACUGGACAGACUGUCCAAUAGUGGCUGAGAUGGUGGGAAUCAAAUUCUUCACAAAUGAGUUUGUGGCCUAUCAGCAACUGUCUCAGUAUAAGAACAAACGUCUCUCUGGAGUAGAAGAAUGGAUUGAUGGGGAGAAACAGUGGAUUUCUGUGAGAGCUGAAAUCAUCACAACGUUUUCACUCUGUGGAUUUGCCAAUCUUAGUUCCAUAGGAAUCACACUGGGAGGCUUAACAUCAGUGGUACCCCAGCGGAAGAGUGACUUUUCCAAGGUUGUGGUCCGUGCCCUCUUCACAGGGGCCUGUGUAUCCCUUAUCAGUGCCUGUGUGGCAGGAAUCCUCUAUGUCCCCAGGGGAGCUGAAACUGACUGUGUCUCCUUCUUAAAUACAAGUUUCACCAAUAGAACCUAUGAGACCUACGUGUGCUGCAGAGAGCUCUUUCAGAGUACUUCUCUGGAGGGCACCAACCCUCCUUCUUUUUCCGGUCCCUGGGAAGACAAGGAGUUCAGUGCCAUGGCCCUUGCUCACUGCUGUGGACUCUAUACAAAUGCUGUCUGUGCCUAA